AUGAAACAUAUCGCCAACGAUUUGACUACGCGUGACAUAAUAGACGCGGGCACUGAGCUCGGAUUUCUAUGGAAGACUCCGUCAAUGAUGAUAAUACUAGGCUCAGUAGACUUGGGCUGGGGGAAGCAGACGCUGGACCUGCGUGGCAAUCUAAAGUUCCAAAGUUUCGGGUCUUGGUUCACUCACCUUCGAAGCGCACGUCGGGUCUUUCAGGAGCAUAUACCAUUUCAAGGGCGGUUCUCUCACUUCAUCGUGUUACACACUUCACCAACUAGACGUCUUCCUGGUAUUGCGCUCCCACCACUUCCUGAGAAACAGUAUGCUGGGCGGUCCAGUGCUGAUAUUGUCAAGGAUUGGAAACGGCUUAUGCCCUGGCAAUUACUUUCAAUGCCUGCUGCUGGGCCUUCAUUCUUCGCACACGUUUUUCAUCCCGCAUUCAACGUAGAUGUGGACGAUGCCACAGAAAUGUCGAAAGCCGAACGAUUGUUGUCGUACUCAUUAUUGUCCUCGAUUACGUCGACACCUUUGUCGUCUACUCCCCUGGGGAUUGACGAAGAUCCGGGGGACACCCCUCAACAGAGAAACGGGCUCUUGAACGAAGAAGGAGCUUGGUGUUGGCGUGAAGGCUGUCAAGGUUGUCUGAAGCUCACAAAAGCGAUGCAGAAAACAUCAGAUGGUCUGCAGAUUGUUGCAGACCUGUAUGAAGAUCAUACGAAGGCCUGGCGUACCCAAAAAUGGGUUUUGUUUAAAAGGUGCCCUGUCGUUUGGCUCGCGUCCUCGAAGAAGAUCACUGCCUUCCUGGUGACGGGCUCCAUGCCGUCCGAGACUAUCUACAUUACUAUGAUACUCUUUACUACCCUCAAUGUCAUCUUUCCCCACUCAGCAGACCUCAUCUCCUUGCCAUGCUCAUUCGUGAUAGAAGCAUACGUUGAUCCAGGAGUCCGCGCGAUUCAUUCCUUUUCAUUCUCCAUGGCCCAGAUGGAGGAAAACGCAUCUGAGCGCCAAUGA